AUGAAUCCGUGUGGGGUUAGAUCUUCGUCCAUGUUCCACCUUGCAUGCCAAUUUGGUCGCUCCCUGGAACCCCCUCAAACAAGGGCAGGUGAAUUAACACCGGAACAACUGUUGGAGAACAUUGUAUCUUGCGAGCAAUCACUUCACGUUGCAUCAAAACCGGACUUGCCAAUAGAUGAAAACUACUUCACUGUUGUUGAACAGUGGUUUCUACAUUGUCCCAAGGUCGGCAUUUCUCACCAGUGCCAAAAUGAAGAGCAUUUAAUCAACGACUUUGACUUGCUUGAUCCAACAGUGAAACAUACACAAGAUUGGGGCUUUGUUGUCAAGACGUGCAGAAACGUCCAUCUUUUCACACAAUGCGCCACGGUCAGCCAACAGGGCGAAGUAGUCAUGGAGAUAACGGGAAGAAGUAUCUUCAAAGAAGGACCCGCCGGUAAUUUUCUAACGGAAAACAAAAUGGUGGAGGCCUUUGGGAAACUACCCAUUUGGGCAACUGUAUCUACAGGAGAGUACUUCCUUGAAUCUCAGUCAAGCAAUGGUCACGAAAUCAACCUUGAUGUGGUAUGCUUAUCGGUGAUGUUACAAUUAUCUUUGAAUGUAACAGUGAGCACCAGAUUUCUGGAACCAGAGUCUCUCUCGAACAUCAAAUUAUUCUUCGACCUUUGCUACACCAGCUUCGGGGAGCAGAAAGUGGAAAAAAUGAUUCAAUAUGAUUGUUGCCAGAACUGGUUUGCCUAUCAUCCAGGGCUUCCAGAAAAUGCCAUAGAAAAGCUAGAGCGUGUCACACUUACUUGUGGGUCUGUCGGAUUUGGGCCGUGGUGCGGAAUGACAAGGGCGCUAAGGGAGAAGACAAACGAAUUAGAAGACAAGAAACGUCGACGCCAGCAAACGGAGGAAGAACUCACCAAUAAAAGGAGGAGAGUGGAGCAGUCGGAGCAGGAAUUAGAACGGCAAUCCAGGGAGGCCGCGUCGGAACUCGCCAGGGUGCAGACCCAGCGUCACCAGUUGGAAACCCAGCAUAAUGCUUUUCUUGUCGUUCACCAACGCGAACGAAACGAUUUGGUUGCUUGCCAGUUGGAGCUACAAAGAUCCAGAGAGGAGUUGAGGGUACUGCGACAGGCGGAUAUUGCAACGGUGACAGAGGAAAGGGAUCAGCUUCUGAGGCAAGCACAACGACGCGAGCAAUUCAUUAGAAACAUCCAAGAAGCAGAGAACGAGAAUGCGACCCAACUCUCCCAAAUGGAAAAUGAAAUCGCAAGACUACGCGAUCAAGACCUGCAUGUAGCCGAUUCCCACAAUGGGUCAGACCGGUCAGACGUUGGAUCUAAUGGCCAGGAUGAACACGAAGCAGCAGGGACCGACGAUGAAUCUAAUACCCAGGAAACCGACGAGGAUGAACCCAAUGGCCAGGAUGAACUGGAAGAAGCAGGGGCACCACCAACGGAAGCCGAAGCACCAACGGAAGCCGAAGUACCUCUUGUCCCGAUUGGGGCAUUCUGCGACCUGAGUGAGCAUGCCAAUAUCUGCACUUCAAAAGGUGGAGUCGCCUGCAAACCACCCAACCACAAAAGAGUAGAUGGUCAUUCGAGAUGUGGUAUGUGGUGGCGCAACGGCCCACCAUUAGUGUGGAAGAACCGAACGGUUACUAUUCCUCAAUUUGUAAGCGAGCAAUUUUUCGCGUACACAUUUUCCAAAGGAAGUCAGUUACCGAAUCUAGUGGAGACGAUUACUGACCCACGGGCCGUCAAAAACUGGAUCGAACAGGCCAAGAUUGAGAUUCUUAAAAGGUUGACUAACAAAAAUGAGUGUAACUUCACGCUUCUGAUGUGUGAUGAUGUUUUCCAUCAAAAGAUCCAUCCAGCUCGCAUAGAACAUAAGAAAGGUCCAACAAAGACUGUGGAAAGUGAACAUGGGUUCACCACAGUCUAUAUUUCCGCGGCAAAACCAUACAUUGUAACAAUCAUCAAUAGUAUGUUCCAGGAGCUGAUGUCGACGGGAAUACAAACCGUGGGAUCGACAAAGAACCGGAUUGCGAACACAUUUUUGAGGCAGUUCACACUAUAUGGAGAAAUGUGGCAAGAGGAUGGAUACUUCCCCACGGCAAGGGGCAUGGUUGAGCGUUGUCUCGACCAGAAACUCUACGAACUUGCUACUGUGCUAAGUAACGAUUCGGAAUCAAAGAUGGAUGCAAGGUUGAAAAAGAAUGCUGCUGCAUUCUCACCAGCAGCACCAGCACCAGCACCAGCACCAGCACCAGCACCAGCACCAGCACCAGCACCAGCACCAGCACCAGCACCAGCACCAGCACCAGCACCAGCACCAGCACCAUAA